GCUUGGUUCUCCUGGCUGCUCACCACCUGCCAACGUCCAGCCAGAAGGUCCCCCAGGCAGACUGCAGCAUGAUCUCCAUCAACGAGUGGCAGAGUGAGUGGAGUGAUGGUGCUUGGCAGCAGCAGCCCACCCUGCCCCACCACAACUCCCUGCCCAUUGCAGAGAUUGGUGUGGGCAUCACCGGUUUCGGAAUCUUCUUCGUUCUCUUCGGGAUACUCCUGUACUUUGACUCUGUGCUCCUGGCCUUCGGAAAUCUACUGUUCCUGACGGGCCUCUCCUUCAUCAUCGGCUUGAGGAAGACCUUUACAUUCUUCUUCCAGCGUCACAAACUCAAAGGGACCAGUUUCUUCUUAGGGGGUGUGGUCAUUGUGCUCUUGCGCUGGCCCCUCCUGGGCAUGCUGCUGGAAACCUACGGAUUCUUCAGCCUGUUCAAGGGCUUUUUCCCUGUCGCCUUUGGUUUCCUAAGCAACACCUUCAGCAUCCCCUUCCUGAGCACGCUGUUCCAGAGGCUUCAAGGCACCAGCUCAAUGGUCUGAAUGACAGAAAUGAACUCCUUGAACUUAGAUCAUUGAUUGAGAGGGCUGAAGAGAAAAUGGGGACCACCCCCUCAUAUCCCCCACCCAACACUGACUCACUUCCCUGCAUAUCCGGACCUCCUCAAGCCCAGAAGGAAGGAUGGAGCUGAGCGACUGACCCAAAUCCUCAAGUCAGCUCAAGAAGCUGCCAGGACUGCUGGGAGGAGAGACCCAGGACCCCUUGCAGAUCAGACUGGGGCUGGCAUUACAUCCCUACCCUAUAUUUAUGGGAGGAAAAGAGAAGGUUAAAUCCCCAAGCCUUGAGUGUGUCUGAGACUCAAGUCACUGUCCCAUUAAGCCCAUCCCCUGCCUCAGGGCAGGCCACAUACCCCAUCAUUCCA